AUGGCGGUACACGAUGAUUCGAGCAUGCUCAAGAAGAAAUCAAGUGAUGGCUUGGAUGAUAUAUCCACUUUCAAUGUCGAAAAUAUGCAGAACAAUACGAGAAUUAUUAAUUACAGCCGCACGUUUAUGUCUAUCAUUGGUGGAGUCGUUGCGGGAAUUUUGGGGUUCACGGGCUUGACGGGGUUUAUCUUCUAUUUCAUUGUCAUGGCUAUUACAACUGUGGGCCUUGCUGCUAAGACUGGGUUUGCUGUUCAUUCUUACUUCGAUAGCUGGAAUCGGAUUGUAUUUGAUGGAAUUCUAGGUGGACUACUGUCGUUCGUGUUGUUCUGGACAUUUGCAUAUGAUAUUGUCCAUAUUUUCUGA